GGAAGUUCUCGUGUGCCAAUGUCCCGCGGAGCAGUGAGAUUAGUGAUCAGGCUCCACCUCGCGUCCCUACACCACGUGCGUGAGCUGCAGGUUGCGGUGCUGCCGGGGACGGGGGAAGACUGGUCGUACGUCGGACACAGGCUCCAGACAUGGCGAGCCCCUGUAUUGUGAUUCAGGAUGAUGAACAGGGGUAUGAUCUUGACUUAUUCUGCAUUCCUAAACACUACGCCGCCAGCCUGGAGAAAGUUUACAUUCCACAUGGGCUUAUAAUGGACAGGACUGAAAGGCUGGCCCGAGAUAUAAUGAAAGACAUGGGAGGACACCACAUUGUAGCAUUGUGUGUGCUGAAGGGUGGCUAUAAAUUCUUCGCUGAUCUACUUGACUACAUUAAAGCACUUAAUCGUAACAGUGACAAGUCUAUCCCUAUGACCGUAGAUUUUAUCAGACUGAAAAGUUACUGUAAUGAUCAAUCAACGGGAGACAUCAAGGUUAUUGGAGGGGACGACCUCUCCACCUUGACAGGCAAGAAUGUUUUGAUUGUUGAGGAUAUAAUUGAUACAGGAAAAACAAUGAAGACUUUGCUUGCUAUGCUCAAGAAGUACAACCCAAAAAUGGUUAAAGUUGCCAGCUUGCUUGUAAAAAGAACUCCACGAAGUGUGGGAUACAGGCCAGACUUUGUUGGAUUUGAGGUGCCUGACAAAUUUGUUGUUGGUUACGCAUUAGACUACAACGAGUACUUUAGAGACUUGAACCAUAUCUGUGUGAUAAGUGAAGACGGUAAAGAAAGAUACAAAACAUAGACAGAAGCUGUGGAAGUGUUCAUUUGCCAGUUUUUAAAGUAUAUAAUGGAUUUGCUGCCCCCCCCCCAAAAACCUGUUUGCUUUGUAUUUCAGACCUCUUCCUACAUGAAAAAAAUACAGCUUUCUCUGCAAGUUUGGCAAUAGAUUUCUAGACUUUUAAGUUUCAUAAGUAGAAUAUACUGUGUUUCUAGGCAUUAGAACUGUUAUAUCAGAAUGUAGCAUGUUAAUGUCCUUCUAAGUAGAAGCCCAAAGGACAAUGCAGCACAGUACAUGGUUUGGGUCACAUCUAGAGGCCCAUUCAUCAAAGUCACUCAAUAUUUUCUGUAAAAAAACUCCAACCAAAUCCGCAUAGGUUUUUUUCACCGUAUUUAUCAAUACACUUUCUUGAAAAUUUUGUUGGCGGGGGGAAAAAAAAAGUAAUCGUACAAAUUUCCACCCGAAACCAAUUUUUUCCCCCUGAUUUUUACCACGAUUAUUGCACGAAACCCAGCGCUGAUCAAGAAAUCUUAGGGACUUCUCCCAUUGACUUAUUUGCAAUUUCAGCAAUGCCAGAUUUUCGAAUUCUGACUUUUUCAAUCCUCUGGGUAUAAUAAAUACCGAAAAAUUCAUUUUAUUUUUCACAAACAAUUUGGAUUUUAUACAAAAAAAUGGAUUUUUGGCAUUUGGAGUUUAGUAAGUAACCCCUACAUAUCUGGGGACUUGUAAUGGAAUGUUUAUUUAUGCAAAAGGCAAAAACAGCAGAUGAAAAGGAAUAUGACCCACAUCCGCUAGGCUUCUGCCUGUCUGAUGUUUUUCUGUAGUGAUUUUCUCUUAACUGCAUCCUAGUUGGAAUUCUUUUAUAUAUUGGGGUGUGUCUAUUAAAGGGCCCUUUGCAACUGGAAUGAAAAGCAAUCUGCAUGUGGUUUGAAUCAAAAGUAUAAGAAUUCAAAUGAAAUGCAUCAGUGAAUUAGAUGGGGUAUUAAUAUGUCUUAGAAUUGUUCUGCUGAUUCAACAGAAUCCUACUGUUUUUUAUGCAGAAAAAUGUUCCUUUACAAGUCCUAUGCUUGCUGGUUCCAGUGGGCUCUUCUACUUGAACAUACCUGGAGAGAUUCUGUGUCAGUACACUGUUCUGAUAUAGACUAUAUGUUGGGAAACUUCCUGUAGGCUUGUUUUUUUUUUUUAAAUGUGCAUAAUUUAUUUUUAUAUAUAUAUAUAUAUAUAUAUAUAUAUAUGGUUAUAUAAAUAAAUGGUUUUUAGUUCUGGAGCUGCUCGUGUGAUAAAGGUAUACGGGAGCAAGAUGAUUACGACGUUAGACUAUUUCUUGUUAUUAAAUUGUAGGAAUUCUUUAAAACA